UACAGGCCUGUGUGCGCCCCGGUUAAAAAAAAUAGAUGCAUAUAGAGGCCCACACAGGAUGGAGGCAACCAGCAAGGAGAUGACGCUGGCAUUGGCUUAUCGUGCCUCGUUUUUUGCAACUGCACUCACUGGAGAUUUUCUGAAAGUACUACUGUGGAGCUCUGUGUUUUUUGAAAUCCACACUUCCUCGAGGGCCGAAAUAGGGGCUCAGACCAUGAGACCAUUUGUGGUUGUCUCGGCUUUCUCGACUGCUGGUGCCCCUUUUGCCUCCAAGACCAGGUCAUCACUCAAAGACACGGUGCCCCCUCUGUACACCACCGGCUUGGAAUUGGCCAGUGUCAAUUUAAUGCUCAGAAGAGGCCGGUUGUCAAGAAAACAGAUAGAGGUUUGCGACUUCUUUGUGUAUAUUCCACAGUAUGGUGCAGGAACUGCUUCGCUUAAUGUCACAGUGGCGGCAUCAAUAGUUCUUCAGCAUUUUGCAGUUUGGGCUGGGCUCAAGGAGAGAGAAAGGCAAGGGCAGAAGUUUCUGGUCGCAGAGCGACCCACCCGGCGGCAAUCCCGUGGUGUCUGCUCAGAAUCUCCAGAGACAGUAGGUCAGAUACGCCGUGAGAACAGAGCUUUGAUUGCAGGCGCAACUCUUCUAUUUGAUGACGGCGGCGGCAUCAUUCCUGAAGUGGGGUUCGAUGCGGAUGGUGGUGGCUGUUGUGGGUGGGACGAAUGGCAGGAUGAGCUCAACCAAUCGGCGGAUGCCUGUCUUGAGGACUCUGCAGCUGAUACUGGAGAUAACCGGUGAACUAAACAGAGAGAAAAGUAGGAAGGGGAGCAAGAUUAAAAAAAAGAGGAAAAAAAAAAGGAAGGGGAGCGAGAUAGGAGGGGAAGCACGAGCAGGACAAUGAGAAUGAGAAAAAGACGUAAGAGGAGGAAGAGGAGGAAGAGGAGGGUGAGCAAGAUAGGAGAGGAAGCACGGCAAGGACAAUGAGAAUGACAACAAGGUGGAAGAGGAGGAAGAGGAGACUGGAGAACAAGAAGGUGGGCUACUGCAUCUCCCAUGUGUGAUACAGUUCGUCGAUAUCUCAAGGCAUACUCACACCGGGCUGUUCCUCGAUGUAUCCGACUCUAAUUACAACCAGUCCUGGACGUACCUGACCAUGAUCACGCCGCAAGUUCAG